CAUGGUCCACUGAAUCAAGGAAAUAACUGUUUUUAAGUAUUUGACAGAAAGUACCAAGUUAGAUUUUUACUUUUAAAAAUUACAGAAUUAAAUAAUUAUGUAUAUAUUCUUAUUAUUGUUAUUAUGCAGUCAACUGACAUGUGCUCAGAAUGGAAAAUUAUUGAAUGUAGCUUUAUAUAGCACUCAAAGCCUGAUCAAUGUGCAUUCUGGAGCAACAACGGAGAUCACAGGAUUCAGCACACAAAACGAAAAGCCUUUUAACAUGACAUUUUUUCGAAUGUGUGAACCACGACAAACUAUCUUCACCACCGUCUUCGUGGGUGGUGCUGAGCAAACGCGGAUAACAAACUUUCCAAACGGAACAUAUACGGACACAGGAGAGGAAAACAGCGACGGUUUUCUCAAAGUAACUAUCCCUACUGGCGCUGAUGUUAGCGAGAAAACUGGAGUAUUUUCGUUCCAUGUUGCAAAUGACAACGGUUCAGCAAAUACAUCAAUAGUUAUGCAAGUAUCAUCAGCAUCUAUUACCCCAUUGCACCGGACUAUGACGUCAGCACUUGGAGAAAAAGUAACUAUACACAUGCUUACUAAUCAAUCAUUUAAUGAUGACCUAAGAUGGAGAAUUAAUUAUGGUGACGUCAUAACUGAAUGGAAUGGUUUGUCAAAUGUGACGAUUGACGUUGUCCGAUUGAAAGAUGAUGGUAUCUACGAGUGUUACCACGAGAAAAAUGGCACCGAUGGUAACCAUGGUAUCAUGAGACUUAUUGUAAGAGGUUGCCCAUCUUCAAGGUGGAAUCCACCUACAUGUGACAAAUUUUGUCCUGUCUGCUACAAUGGUGGUGUUUGUAAUGACGUCACAGGUGUGUGUGUUUGUCUUUCGGGAUUCAGAGGACAACAAUGUAAAUCUGUCUGUCUAGCGGGUACAUUCGGUCCUGACUGUGCUUUAAGAUGUUCCUCAACUAAUGAUAGCUGCAAAGGCGCCCUCAUAUGCCCAUCAGAUCCGGCAGGCUGCAGCUGUGGGAAUGGAUAUGGUGGCAUUGAUUGUACAAAACCAUGCGAAGACGGUUGGUAUGGACCCGGCUGUAACCAAAUGUGCAAUUGUGACCACGCCUCUUGUGACAGUAAAUCGGGUUGUUCUGGUAACUGCAGCUUACCCGGCUACACAGAAGAAUCACAUUGCCAAGAGUUGAUGCAAAACAAUUCCUGUCCUGAAGGUUUCUAUGGUGAUCUGUGUAACCAUCAUUGUCAUUGCAAAUAUGCUCAAAGCUGUGACCGUAAAAGCGGGAAUUGUGCAGGAGGAUGUGAAGAAGGUUGGGGACAAGAAGGCAACACUAGUUGUAGUAUUGCGUUAGCAGUUCUUAGCCAUCCUCCACGCGUUGUAUCACGAACCAACAGCUCAAUUAUUAUCGAUUUCACCUGGUCGCCUACAAAAGACUAUGGCAAUGGUAACGUCCUGGCAAACUUACUAUGGUACAAUAUAUCCGAUAACUUAACAGUCCACAAAACACAUGUUUUCAGGAGUAACCAACAUACUAUAAGUGGUCUACCUUCAAAUUCGUUAGUAACAUUCUACGUUGAACAUAUUCAGGUGCUAAAUGAACACAUUUUUCAUGGACCUAUAAGCCCAUUCGGCACCACAGUCACUACUUGUUCAGAACCUCUAUAUGCACCCUCUGUGGGUAACAUAUCAAGAACACCAAACGAGAUAACGGUGACUUUAAAGGUAUUUUAAUAGCAUAGUUUUAUCACAUUAAUUAUUCUACAUGAAUAUGGCGAAAAAUGGUCAUAAAUAAACAA